AAAACGCAGUCAAAGUUUCAUUUUAUUUUCAACAACUCUGACCCUCUUCACAAAUUCCCAUUAAUUUUCCCCACCCAUUUCGCCUGUUCAACCCCUGAUUUUAAGAACUUAAAAGUAUUUAAUCCCGUUAUUUGUUUAUAUCAACUCUCGUGCUGAAAAAAAAAUUAAAUUCGCCGAUCGUUUUCCCUUUUCCUUGUUUUCGAAGGAAAGGGAGUCUGCGAUCAUUUUUUCGGCGGAAGUUGAUUCCUUGGGAUUAAUUAAAUUAUGGAUAACUAUUAUUAUCAUCAGCUUGCAUCAUGUCCUUCUUACAGGGAUUCACUGAAUGUUCUUGAGGUUGAUAUACAGUUUGCUAAUAUGCUGGCAAAUUCUAUUCCAAGGGAUAAAAGUGGCGCGUGUCUUCAAAUGGAGCUGGGUUACAGUGACAUGGCAUAUAUUUUAUCAUUUUUACUCCAAUGGAUCGAUUUCCCAUGUUCUUGUUUCCUUCAAACAUGUCUAAAUUUCUGUUACGUGGUUGUACACAAGGUUUUGCCAGAUGGGAAACCAAAACUUACUUCACUUGGGAGAAAGGCAACCAUUAGAGAGUUCUAUGAUGUGAUAUUGCCAUCCCUCAAACGUCUACGAACAAACCCAUUGGAGAUCGAAGACAAUGAAGAGAAUAUUCAACCUUUUGGGACAAAUCCCAGAAAGAAAAUAGAAAAAAAUACAAAAAGUACAAAUGUUGAUAUGGAAAGAGAAGACGAAUGUGGUAUAUGCUUAGAGCCCUGCACCAAAAUGGUUUUGCCCAACUGUUGUCAUGCAAUGUGCAUCAAUUGCUACCAUGAUUGGAACAUGAGGUCAGUAUCUUGCCCCUUUUGCCGUGGUAGCUUGAAGAGAGUGAACUCAGAGGAUUUAUGGGUUCUCCCAUGUACAGGAGAUGUGGUUGACCAAAAAACUGUGUCAAAGGAGGACAAAAAAAGAUUCUAUAAUUACAUUAAUAAGCUGCCUAAAGAUAUCCCAGAUGCUGUAUUCUUGGUAUACAAUGACUACUUAUUUUAAUCCGAGUUGAUAAAAUGUGGUUAGCUUUUUCUUGUAUAUUUGUAAUUUUAAUUGAUUUUGCAGUCGAUUUCUGCAAAAUGGUGUACAUUUUUAGUGUAGAAUUUAACCAUCGUUUCCAAUAGAGAUUGUGUUCUCUGAA